GUAUUUCCGUUAAGUCCCGGAAGCUAUGGUGUUACACGUGAGGCGACGAAAGUGAGCGUGCUCUUCUUAUAUUAGGAUACUGCAUAGUAAAUCAUGAAUACUUUUGAUGAGGAGUCGUUAUCCCAAUCAGAAUCUGAAAAUGAGAACUCGGAUCUAUCAGACGGCGAGCUUCAGGAAGCCUUCAGUAAAGGAUUGCUGAAACCUGGCUUAAACAUUUUAAUUGACAAGAAGGAGAAAGGUGUCAAUAAUGUGGAAGGUCUAAAGAACUGCUUGGCAGAUUUUAAGAAGGACAUUAACUGGGAGGAGAGGCUGGAUAUUACCAAAGGGCUGGGCCCUGACAUCAUGGCCACUAUCGACAGCAAAAAUAAUGUGGAUGACAACAGUGAGGUCAAUGCAGAAGAUGACUUCCAGAGGGAAAUGUGUUUUUACCGCCAGGCACAAGCUGCCAUAUUGGAAGCCUUGCCACGGCUACACAAAUUAAAGAUACCAACCAAGAGACCAGAAGAUUAUUUUGCUGAGAUGGCCAAGUCUGACCAGCACAUGCAGAAGGUUCGGGCCAAGUUGUUACAGAAGCAGCAAGCUAUGGAGAGGUCAGAGAAAGCCAAAAAGCUUAGAGAACUUCGAAAGUAUGGCAAAAAGGUACAAGUACAGGUCCUGCAGAAGAGGCAGAAAGAGAAGAAAGCCAUGAUGACCGCAGUGAAGAAAUAUCAAAAAGGGAUGGUAGACAAACUUGAUUUCUUAGAAGGGGAUGCAGAAAGAGGCAAGAAGAAUACUGUGACAGCGUCCAAGUCCAAAUCUGCCAUGAACAUGAAAGGAUCUAAUGCCAAAAGAAAGUACAAGGACAAGAAAUUUGGCUUCGGUGGCAAGAAGCGUGGCUCCAAGUGGAACACCAAAGAGAGCUAUGACGAUGUUUCGGGUUUCAGAUCCAAGGUUGCACAUGGGAAAGUUGGUGGAAUGCGUGGAAAAGGGGGUAAAAAGGCAGUAAAUAACCGACCAGGCAAAAAUGCAAGGAAGAAAAUGAGAAAUCGAUCUAGAUAAGCACAAACUCGGGGCCUUGAAAUAAGUUGCAAGCAAAGUUCUAUCUCAGACAGGUAUUGAGCUUGGAUAUUUUUCACAGGCCGUGCUUUAUCUGUGAAAAUUAAAAACUGGUUUGCGUGUUCUCAGCUCUCACAAGCACCAUAUUCUUCCAGCUACUCACCAGGAGUGAACCCAGAAACAACACUGGAAGCCAACUGGGAAAAUGUGCAGAAGCCAAUUUUGUUGCUUCAUUGAACUGCCAAAGAAACUGUUCAUUGUACAAAACUGAUGGCAGAAGUAAAAUGUUGCGUUCAAGCUGCAUUUCACAACAAAAGUGUAAUAGAUCUGGACAUCUGUUUGUAAUUCACUUUAUUUUUUCGUAAAUAAAUAUGAGUGUUUGUUAGACUUUAA